UACAUGGAGAAAGAUACAGGGACUGCUGACCUCUGACCUCCACCAUGAGCUCCCGGGUGUGCAGGACCUGCGGGGGGUCCGACAUCGACGUGGACCAGGCCCGUGGCAGCACCGUGUGCACCGGCUGCGGUUCGGUUCUGGAGGACAACAUCAUCGUGUCCGAGGUCCAGUUUGUGGAGGGAAGCGGAGGCGUGUCGUCCGCCGUGGGACAGUUUGUGUCUGCUGAUGCAACUACAGUGAUAGGGUCAAAGAUCAAAGUCCUCCUUGGUUCUGUUUCACACAAGAGCAGCGGUAAAGAGUUGCGAGCCCAGAUGCUUCAGAACGGUAAGCGUCAGAUCCAGCAAAUGGGCAGUCAGCUGCAGCUCAACCAGCACCACCUUGACACCGCCUUCAACUUCUUCAAGCUGGUCGUUAGCAAACACCUGACCUGGGGCCACAAGACAGAGCACGUCAUCGCCGCCUGCCUCUACCUUGUGUGUUGCACUGAGGGCACCCCACACAUGCUGCUGGACCUCAGCGAUCUGCUGCAGGUGGAUGUCUACAUCCUGAGAAAGACCUUCCUGCUGCUGGCUUGUGAGCUCUGCAUCAAUGCUCCUGCCAUUGACCCCUGCCUGUAUAUUCCUCGCUUUGCUCACAUGUUGGAGUUCGGGGCGAAGACUCACGAGGUUUCCAUGACAGCUCUUCGUCUCGUACAGAGGAUGAAGAGGGACUGGAUGCACACGGGACGCCGACCCUCCGGACUCUGUGGAGCAGCACUCCUGAUAGCAGCUCGGAUGCAUAUGUUUCAGCGUUCGGUGAAGGACGUGAUCGGCGUGGUGAAGAUCAUCUACCAGGCCAUACUGAGGAAGAGGUUAACUGAGUUUGAGGACAUGCCCACCAGUCAGCUGACCAUCGAUGAGUUCAUGAAAGUAGAUCUGGAGCAGGAGUGUGACCCCCCAUCCUUCACCGCUGCACAGCAAGAAGCCAAAAUGCAGCAGUUAGAGCAGGAGCUGGCUAAGAAACUGGAUGAGGUUGAAGGAGAGAUCAGCUGCUACAAGGACGAGAUCGAAACCGAGCUGGAGAAGAGUCGGCCCAAACUCAGAGGAAUCUACACCACUUACACCAAAGAAGUCGACCCCGAGGACAACGGCGACGUUUUGUCCCUGCCAUCCAAGCCUGAGGAGGUCGAAGGCGAAGGCGUGGAAUUCCAAGUCGCCACCCACCACCUGACCGAGGACUUCCUGUGUCAGGUGAUCCAGGAGGAGGAGGGACGGGGCGUGAACGGAGAUCAGGAGGCGGUGCCAGAGAAGGAGUCGAUGGGACCCCACCGUCAGGCUGCCUAUCUGACCUCCAUUCCAGGAAAACUGCCGAGCGCCGCUAGCCUGAGCCUCCAGCAGACUUUCCAGACCUCGGACACAUCAGAGAGUGGCGGGAGAGUGCUCGGUGACUACCCGCAGAGCGAGGAGCUGGACCUGAAAGAUAUCGACGAUCAAAAAAUCGAUAAGUACAUCCUAAAUGAGAAGGAGGUUCAGGUGAAGAUGGAGCUGUGGAUCAAGCAGAACCCUGAAUACCUGAAGGAGCAGGAAGAGAAACAGGAGCAGAUAAACAAAGAGAAGGAGGAGGGCACCUACAAGGAGAAGAAGAAGAAGUCUAAGAAGCGGGACCAGAUCGAGACAUUGACAGCAGGUGAGGCGAUCAAGAGAAUGUUGGAGAAGAAGAUCAUCUCCAGUAAGAUCAACUAUGACGUCCUCAGAGACCUGAACCGAGGGACAGGAAGUCUGAGCAGCUCCCCUGACCACACCCCCGAUACCACCGCAGCACAAAAACGACUCAACCGCCACCAGAAGACCAGUGACGGUAACCAAGACCUUGCAGCCAACACCAGCAUCAUGGGCAAGAGGUUCCGCCACUUCAUUUCCUCCACACAAAAGAAGAAGAAAACAGCUCAUCAGGUAGAGAGCACAGUCUCAGUGGUUACAGAAGCACAAGCACCAGCAGAGACCGAGUCCAACCCGCCCCCUGGCUCUGCAGCAGAAACAAGCCCCGCU